ACGUGAUCGCAUUCAAAAUGGCGACUCCCAUGCAUAGACUUAUCGCUCGGCGACAAGCGGAGGCAAAUAAGCAGCAUGUUCGAUGUCAGAAGUGUCUGGAAUUUGGACACUGGUCUUAUGAGUGUACUGGGAAGAGGAAGUAUCUUUACAGACCCUCCAGGACAGCAGAGAUGAAGAAAAAACUGAAAGACAAGGAGAACAAUCCUUCAGAAGAUCCUGGAACUGGAGUAACACCACGCAGUGAGAAAAAGACUAAGAAAAAAAGCUCCUCCAGCAGCAGCGGCUCCUCCAGCGACUCUUCCUCAGACAGCAGCGACUCCUCCAGCUCCUCAUCCUCAGACAGCAGCAGUGACAGUGACGAUGACUCUUCAUCCUCUUCGUCCUCAUCUUCAUCGUCUUCAUCCUCGUCUUCCUCCUCCAGCUCUGACUCGGACUCCUCCAGCAGCUCUGAUCAGGGCCCUCCCAAGAAGAGGAAAAAGAAGAAAUGAGGCUCGGCUGGCUCUGAAUUGAGGACUUUCAUAUUGUGAGGAGGCGAGGAGAUUAUUUAUGUUUAGUCACGCCGUUUUGUUUAAUGUAAAAUAUUAUAGUCUUUCAGUCACUUUAAGGGGGUAGUUCACCCAAAAAAUGAAAACUCUGUCAUUUACGCACUUGUUUUUAAAACGGUUUGAGUUUCUAUUUUCUGUUAAACACAAAAGAAGAUGUUUUGAAGAAUGUUGGAAACCGGUAACCAUUGACUUCAAUAGUAUUUGUUCACUCUAAAUACUAAAGAAGAUAUUUUGAAAUGUUGGAAACCGGUAACCAUUGACUUCAAUAGUAUUUGUUCACUCUAAAUACUAAAGAAGAUAUUUUGAAGAAUGUUGGAAACCGGUAACCAUUGACUUCAAUAGUAUUUGUUCAAUCUAAAUACUAAAGAAGAUAUUUUGAAAUAUGUUGGAAACUGGUAACCAUUGACUUCAAUAGUAUUUGUUCACUCUAAACACAAGAAGAUAUUUUGAAGAAUGUUUAAAACCGGUAACCAUUGACUUAAGUAAUAUUUGUUCACUCUAAAUACUAAAGAAGAUAUUUUGAAGAAUGUUUUAAACCGGUAACCAUUGACUUAAAUAAGAUUUGUUCACUCAAGUUCUUAACAUAUUUGAGUUAUUUAUUUUAUUUUUUUUUUUAAACACAAAAGAAUAUGUUUUGAAGAAUGUUGGAAACCGGUAACCAUUGACUUCAGUAAUAUUUGUUCACUCUAAAUACUAAAGAAGAUAUUUUGAAAACUGUUGGAAACCGGUAACCAUUGACUUCAAUAGUAUUUAUUCACUCUAAACACAAAAGAAGAUAUUUUGAAGAAUGUUUUAAACCGGUAACCAUUGACUCAAAUAAUAUUUGUUCACUCUAAACACAAAAGAAGAUAUUUUGAAGAAUGUUCGAAAUAGGUAACCAUUGACUUUAAUAGUAUUUGUUCACUUUAAUUCUAAACCUGUUUGAGUUUUUUUCUUCUGUUAAACACAAAAGAAGAUAUUUUGAAGAAUGUUGAAAGUACCAUAGUAAUUUCCAUUCUGUGGACGUCAAUGGUUACAGGUUUUCAAUAUUCUUUUAAAUAUAUUCUUUUUGUGUUCAACAGAAGAGAGAAACUCAUAAAGGUUUAUAAGUAAAUGGUGAGCAAAUUUCAUUUUUAGGUGAACUAUCCCUUUAAAUUUUUUUUUGUUUUUACGUUUCCCUCCUUGCCAGAGUGUAGUGGUCGACUAAAUUUAAAAUACUGAAAUGAUUUUCUUUACCAAUGUUUGUUUACUUAAUUUGCAUUUUUUCUCCAUAAGUGAUUCAUGUCUAGUUAGGUUUUGCUUUUUUUAAGGACUGAUUUAAGUAUGAAUGACACGUACAUCUUCAUUUUUAAGAUGGUCUUAAAAAAUAAACUGGUUUCUUACAGAAAGAAUGUACUCGUGAUGUGUUGAAAUAUCCAGAACUUGUUUGGAAAGUGGAGCAUGUCUCAUAAUAAAGACAAAACAUACAAUUUUCUACA